AUGACGAUCAGAGACCGAGUUCGUCGCGUCCUGGGUGGUAGCUCCACCGACUCCUCCCUGCACUCUUCGCGAUCCUCGAAUUUCACCUCCUCCUCCAAUGCCACAUCCGAGACCAAACCUCGAGAACCCUCCAUCAAUCUCACCUCGUCACUCUCACGAUCCCUCACCUUCAAAAGCAUGAAGAGCAUCAAAAGCCAGAAGACGAAAGAAGAGAGGGCCCUCGAGAAAUGGGCCAAGAGGGAUGCAAAGGAGUGGAAGAAACCCUCGGUCAAAUACCCCUUUCGAAAGAGCCAGCAACACCAGGACAUCCUGCGGGCCUUCGAGUUCAAUGCGCCGAAGAAAGGAGAGAACAAUUCCAUCUGGAGUGGAAUUAGUCCCUUUGCCAGUCGCAGGCCGAGUCUGACGGAGCCUUCUACGUUGCAGAAAGUCGCGAGUGGAAGUGGGAGUAUGAGGAGGAGGAACAGUCUGCAGAAGGGAUCGAUGAGUGCGCAAAUGGUUGAGGAGGUUGGGAGAGCAGAUAAUGGCUGUGCGGUGCCUAUUCCCGAGGAAUAA